AUGGACGACAAGCACUUCGUGUACGUGUGGAUCGCGAGCACGGACCACGUGCUUCACGCGGCGGUCGUUGACAACGGGGACGGAACGCUGACCGCCACCUAUGAGAGCCCGUAUCCCGGGGACUACCUCGUACACGUCCAGGACGUUUGCACAGAUAUGAGCGUCGUCGGAAGAGGGAAAAAACGCCCAGGGGAGAGGGCUAAGGCGAUCGUGGAUAGCCCGUUUAGGUUGACCAUCUCUGGGGAGAUAGCUGUCGACGUGGAUGAUCUUCCUCUGUGUGACGCCGAGCACCCUCAGGAAGAUGAAGAAGACACCUUCUGGCGCACAGGAUCGUGGAUAUCCUCAAAGUUUGCCAGCGCAAAACACGGCGUGUUACGGGACGGGUGGGUCUUCCAGCCCAAGACCUGCGUCCACGACACGUUCUCGUACGACGAUCUCAUGCUGUUGGCCACGGGUUCGAAAGAGCCGACUUGGCUUUUGAUCCUGGGGACGUCCGUUCAGCGCGGGGUGUUCUUGACGCUCGUGGACAUGGUCCUCGCCCAGGGACAAAAGAGCGACUUUGCCACCAGCGCUAUCCAAAAGUGCUGGGGCUUCGCGGAGGUUCGCGUUGGGAACCUCCGCCUUACGUAUCAAGACCUACGAUUACACGAGGUCGGACUAGCUCAGGACGACUCCGCCGUUUGUCACGACGACAAGCUAGCUAUAAACAACGUCGCCGUUUUCGUGGCCGCAGCAAGGCGCUUCCUGAGGAGAAGUGUUUUCGCGGCAGGCAAACAGUGGCCUUCGGUGAUCAUGGCCCCACCGUUCAUGGAAGACAGCGACGAAGCUGCAAACCUCCCAAUCACGGUCAUCAUGGACGCGCUUCCUUCGGCUUGGAAUGGCACGCUCCUCAUGAUGGAGCAUAUGGCCGGGUUGGGAUUCACGUACAACUACGACAAUCCCACCGCGGCAACCCUAGCCGAGGUGAACCCCACCUGGCACCUGAGCAAGUUCAUCGGUGUCGACAACGGCCUCGGGCGGAUUAAGAGAUAUCAGCAGCAGGAUGCUCGUACAAAGUUCAUGAGCACGUUCCCGAUUGUGAUAUCGAAAGCUGUCGGGUCGAAAGCAGCUUUGUACGAAAAGGCGACCCCCUCGACAAACACACACCGUGGUGGGGGAAACGAAAUAUUUGAGGUUUGCACAGACUGUCCCGCGAGCUUGAUUCCGCAUCACGUCAAGCCGGUCCCUGUGCCGGUGUGCAAUGCCACCUCGGUUUUGGCUGGUGACGCGGCAGUGGGCGAAGCGUGGGGCGGCAGAGGAUGCCCGCAGUGGUGCUCGAAAGAACCAGUGGAUGGGGUGCUCAACUUGAAAGACGUCCGCGUGUGCAGUAGGGCACGCAAGUGACCAUUUUCUUGGUCGACAGCGCUUUUUAUUAAGACCCACGUACGACUUUGGCGUGGUGGAAAAGGAGGUGCCUCAGCAACGUGAGGUUGUUCCCGUACCUCUUACUUUGCACGUUCAUAACGAUCGAUUAGGACUGCUGUGGGGGAGUGUAUUUCCAGCGUUUUUUUUUUUCUGGUUGGGCGAGACGCGAGGAAUUCCACUAGCUUUAAUUAAGCCUAGACGAUAUAUCUAGACUUGUACAUACACACAAUAGUUUGAGCUGGUGAGGGAAAUACGUUGUUGGAACCAAGCACGCGGGCAGUAGGUGUUGUGUCGUUCUACCAAAUACAUCGUUACUGAUGUGUGCAUGUUUCCUUUAUAGGCAGCACCCAGAGCCAUGCAUGGCUCUAGGCCUUUGGAUGGGGCGUUCGGAUUUUGGUUACCUUGCUUGUUGUAUUGUGGGCGUGGUGAUGGUCGGCUUUUGUGUGCAGUUCUGAGAAAUGUUUUACAACAACUAACUGGGGUGAGUAUUUGGCCCCCAACUCACUGGGAUCCCGUGACCCAUUCUCUUAGGUGGAUGUCAAACCCCCUUGGGGCGGGAUUGGCGAGAAGUGGCGGCAGGGGGUGGGCUAUACAUUGCAACGGAACUAAC